AUGGCGACAACGCCCAGCCCGCCGCUUCUAAAAUUUACCGGCUCCAAACACCUCAUCCAGCGCCUCGUCCUAGCUACACUCACAGGCCGACCGAUUCGCAUAUCCCAAAUCCGCUCCUCCUCUCAUACCGCUCCGGGUCUCGCACCGCACGAAGUCUCCUUCCUCCGCCUCCUCGACGCCAUCACCAACGGCUCCGUCAUCGAGUUCUCCUACACUGGCACGACAGUGCUGUACAAACCCGGCUUGAUCACAGGUAGUGCAGCGGGACAUGGAGCAGCAGGAGGUGUAAUACGGCACGAGUUACCAGCGGAUUGUGCGAGAGGAGCGAGUUGCUUUCUUAUACCACUUUGUGUGCUGGCACCGUUCUCGAAGGCGCAAAUUAAUGUCAUAUUGACGGGACCUGGUGUGAUUACAUCCGCGACGCCGGCAGGGGACGUUUCGGUGGAUACAGUGCGAACGGCGAUUUUGCCGUUGUACAAGCAGUAUGGAAUUGAGAAUAAUUUGGAGCUGAGAGUGUUAAGAAGGUCAAAUCCUGGGCCAGGAGGGAAGGGAGGAGGAGGAGAGGUGCAGCUUGUGUUUGGACAUCAAGUACGGCUGCCAAAGACGAUACACAUCCUUAAUGGAGGCCGGAUAAAACGAGUGAGAGGCGUGGCAUACGCGACAGGCGUGGCAGGAGCGAACAAUGCACGACUCAUCGAGGCCGCGAGAGGAGUUUUGAACGAAUACGUGCCGGAUACAUACAUCUACUCAGACGUCAGCUCCGCGCCCCUGAUUCCAGCGCCGGACAGGAACAAUGCGGCUGCGAAGAAGAAGAUCGGACUGGGCUUCGGACUGAGUCUGGUGGCGGAGUCAAAUACGGGUGCGCUGUACUCGGCCGACAUUGCGAGCUCGCCAAACGGAGGUGAUGUACCUGAAGACCUGGGCAAGAGGUGCGCGUUUCAGCUGCUGGAGGCGAUUGCGCAGGGCGGAUGUGCGAGUGCGGUGGCGGCGCCGACGAUGUUGAUGAUGAUGGCUAUGGGUAGUGAGGAUGUCGGCAGGCUGGUACUAGGAAAGGAGGUGCUGGGCUCGGAGACGGUGGUGCAGCUUGCCAGGGAUCUGCGGGCGUUUGGGAUGAGCGGGUGGGGUUUGAAGGACGCGGAUGAGGAGGGUGAGGCGGUGGUGAGCAUUGUUGGGAGAGGAGUGGGAAAUGUCGGCAGGAAGAUCGCAUAG